AUGGCCGAGAGCUCCAAUUCAAUCCGAAGCUUGCACAACCGCAGCCCGUCCAAACUCAUCCGCCCAUCCACCCGUCCACUCUCGCCUGCCGUGAAUCGCCGUUCAUCAACAGCCCGGCGCAUUCUCUCCCUCUCCAUCACCACCGUCGUCUUUCUUUCUGCUCCUGUCACCGCCUCCGAGCAUCCAUCGGAACUGGUCAUAAUGCUCUCCAGCCGAUUGAUACCGCGCGCUGCAGCCAAAUCGGCUUUCCGAAAACCCUCCCUGCCCGCCGUCGCACCCCAGCUCUCUAGAUGGAGCCGUGCCUACGCCUCAGCCUCUGAGGAGAACGAUCUCGUCGUCAUUGGUGGCGGCGUUGCUGGCUACGUUGCUGCUAUCAAAGCCGGUCAAGAGGGCUUGAAGGUUGCCUGUAUUGAAAAGCGAGGCACCCUCGGUGGAACAUGCCUCAAUGUCGGCUGUAUCCCCUCCAAGGCACUCCUUAACAACUCUCAUCUUUACCACACUAUCAAACACGACACCAAGAACCGCGGCAUCGAUGUUUCCGACGUCCAGAUCAACCUAGAGCAGUUCAUGAAGGCCAAGGACACCGCUGUUGGCGGACUGACCAAGGGCGUCGAAUUUCUCUUCAAGAAGAAUGGCGUCGAAUAUAUCAAAGGUGCUGGCACUUUCGUCAACGAGAACGAGAUCAAGGUCUCUCUCAACGACGGUGGCGAGACCUCUGUCAAGGGCAAGAACAUUUUGAUUGCGACUGGUAGCGAGGCUACUCCCUUCCCUGGUCUCGAGAUCGACGAGAAGCGCGUCGUUACCAGCACUGGUGCGCUGUCUCUCGAUAAAAUUCCGGAGUCCCUUGUUGUCAUUGGUGGUGGCAUCAUUGGCUUGGAGAUGGCUUCCGUUUGGUCUCGUCUCGGUUCCAAGGUGACCGUUGUUGAGUUCCUCGGCCAGAUUGGUGGCCCCGGAAUGGACGCUGAGAUUGCCAAGAGCUCUCAAAAAAUCCUCAAAAAGCAGGGCAUUACCUUCAAGACGGGCACCAAGGUCCUCAGCGGCGACAAGGGCGGCGACAAGGUCAAGCUGGAGGUUGAUUCUGCCAAGGGUGGCAAGCCGGAGACGCUCGACGCCGACGUCGUCCUAGUCGCUAUCGGCCGCAGACCUUACACUGGCGGACUGGGCCUGGAGAACAUUGGUCUAGACCUUGAUGAGCGAGGACGUGUCAUUAUCGAUUCCGAGUACCGCACCAAGAUUCCUCACAUCCGAUGUGUUGGCGACGUCACCUUUGGACCCAUGCUGGCGCACAAAGCCGAGGAAGAGGCUGUUGCUGUCGUCGAAUACAUCAAGAAGGGCCACGGCCACGUCAAUUACGGCGUCAUCCCGUCCGUCAUGUACACCCACCCCGAGGUUGCGUGGGUUGGCCAGAGCGAACAGGACCUCAAGUCGCAAGACAUCCCUUAUCGAGUCGGCUCCUUCCCUUUCAGCGCCAACUCCCGCGCCAAGACGAACCUGGACACUGAGGGUAUGGUCAAGAUGCUGGCUGAUCCUGAAACGGACAGAAUUUUGGGAGUUCACAUUAUCGGUCCCAACGCUGGCGAAAUGAUUGCGGAGGCCACCCUAGCUCUCGAAUAUGGUGCAUCCAGCGAAGACAUCGCCAGAACUUGUCAUGCUCACCCCACUCUGGCUGAGGCUUUCAAAGAGGCGGCCAUGGCCACUUACUCGAAGCCAAUCCACAUGUAA